CCCGCCCACCCUCGGUUCCUCGCCUCUCCCCAGAAGUCUGUAAACACACCCAGGGACUGUCAUGGAGGGGGAGGAGGAGGCGGCGGCGGCGAAGGGAGGCGUUUUGGGCCGUCUCCAGGGCCCGCUCUGCCAUUCCUGAAUUGGACCCUCGUCCUGUGCCUGUGGCAUCAAGAAGGCCAGCUGUUAGGCAACAGGAGGAAGCAGUUAGAACCAUAUCUCUUUCUUCCCCGGGGGCGGGGGCCGGACCGGGCCAGACCGGCUAAACCAGGGGAGGGCCCGGGGAGGGAACGCCGGGCCGGCCGGCCUGUCUGCUGAGAUGGAUGACAGUAAGGUGGUUGGAGGCAAAGUAAAGAAGCCUGGUAAACGUGGUCGGAAGCCAGCCAAAAUCGACCUGAAAGCAAAACUUGAGAGGAGCCGGCAGAGUGCAAGAGAAUGCCGGGCCAGAAAAAAGCUGAGGUAUCAGUAUUUGGAAGAGUUGGUCUCCAGUCGAGAAAGAGCUAUAUGCGCUCUCAGAGAGGAACUGGAAAUGUACAAGCAGUGGUGCAUGGCAAUGGACCAAGGAAAAAUCCCUUCUGAAAUAAAGGCCCUGCUCACUGGAGAAGAGCAGAGCAAAUCUCAGCAGAAUUCAAGCAGGCACACCAAGGCUGCGAAGACAGAAGCUAAUAAUAGUUCCUGGUGAAAAUCCUAUCAGAGAUUGAAACCAGCAUUUUGAUUCCCAUGGACAAUGAAUGGUGAAGAUUAUACUUUGUGGCUCAGUUUACUACCUACUGCUCAAUAGUCAUCUCUGUAAAUCUGCAAUGUCUACCAAAAUGUGUGAUCAUAGAUUUCAAAGGGUCUUGCUUUAACCUUCCAUAUUUAGAAAAUUUAUAAACCUUCAGACCUGUUUUGGUUAGUUUUGCCACCAUGGCAUUUGACAUGUCCUGAUGCUUGAAAACACAAGAGUAGAGAAAAAUGAGUUGAAAAUUGUAUUUUUGCACCUUCACUUAACAUUGCUUUAUUGGUUAUUUAUAUCCUUUCUAUGUAAUUCAUGUAAUUUUAAGUGUGUGUGUCUGGUUGAUGUCACUGCCUUUCAUGUUUUUAUUGCCCUACAAAGAGAAGCCAAAUAGGUUGAUGACUGACUGCAAGUUCUCAACCUUUAUGGACCUAAUUUUAUUCCUUUAUAUUUACUUGAGUAAAGUAUACUUUCUGCAUGAACCAUGAUUUCUCCUGUGAGCCAUUCCAGCAUAAGCUGUGAAUAUGUAUUAACAAAUAUACACAUUUCUGUUUUUGUAAUCCUUAAUGGUAUGCCUGUCUUAACUAGUGUACAUGUUAGCAAAAUCCAUCAGGAAAGCCCUCAAGACAUCUUCUGUGUAUAACCUUUGUUGCUGUCAUCUCAAACUAUUCUUAUAAAAGUUUGAUAGCGCCUAACC